CAACAAAACCGGGUGGUGGAUCGAAUCCACAAACAAAUUGCACAAUUGAGACUGCAUGCAGUCCAAGCACUUUCUUCUGCAUUACAUAGCUACCUGAUGGUUGGACGCGAGGAUGGGUCUGGAAAUGUUUCGAUUUCCCGGGCAGCAGAAAGCGCUCCACUGCUACAUCAUCAUGAGCAUCUGGAUCCUGAUGCUCGUGGCAGGAAUCUACAAGUUCCUGGAGCCGCAUCAGAGAUCGGCGCCAGAACCAUCCGUGAACACGGAUCCCUCGCACAACCUGGAGUUCGACGUGAAGACGAAGCGCAUUUUCAAGUUGUGCAAUCAGCCGCACGAAAUUAGCGACGGAGACGAAGGUACGGUGGAAUCCAACAAGUGGGUGCUCAAAGGACUGCUGGUGCUGAUCCGGCACGGAGAUCGAGGACCUCUGCAGCAUCUGAAGAACGUUUCCGCUAUACACUGCGGAACCCCGGAAACCGAUUUGCUCACUGCCUACAAAAGCUAUUUGCAUAAUUUGACUGUAUCGGGGAAGGUUUCUUGGAUUGGACCGGGACCUUUCCAUGGGUUUCCUCUGCUGCCGACGCUGGCCAACCGGUGCCAGCUGGGACAGCUGACCAUGCAAGGUGUGUCGCAGUUGCUCGCUCUGGGUCACAUCCUGAAGCGCAGUUACUCGUUCAUUUGGCCGAAGAUCCAGAACCUGAGCCAAUCCGAGGUGGUUGUUUACAGCACCCGAUACCGGCGCACCUUCCAAUCGGCUCUGGCAUUCCUCUACGGACUUAUUCCUGGUGAAGCACUAGCCAAAUUGAACGUGUACGAGAGCCAAUCCAUGAGCUUCUGCUUCAAAGACUGCGGAUGUCCCAUCUCGGACAAAUAUUCCAAGGCUGUUCAGCAGAGCAUAAAUAAGGACCUGAGGUCGCAUCCUGCUGUUAGUUUACUAGCUGAAACCACGGGUCGGGCGAUCUUCUCUUCAGUGGUGGAACAGGCAAUUCUCACCUCGGACCCGCACUCUGUGAGAGACGCCCUUUUGACCUACGUCUGCCACGGAAGUCCACUGCCAUGCGAGAACACUAAUAGCUGCGUGAGGAGACAAAACGUGGUCGGCAUCUUCGCUUACACCGAUUGGGUGACCCAUCAGAAGUGGAAGAACGUGAACUGGAGGAGAUUCUGUUUGUUGAAAUCUUACGGUCUCAUCAAGAACAUCGUCUCGCAAAUGCUGCACAUGGUUUCGAGUAAUGGACCGUAUUUGGUGCUGUAUUCCGGCCACGAUCACACUCUGGAACAGUUGACUGCGGCCCUCGGUCUUCAGAACGAUCCUCUUCUGUUCCGGUAUGCCGGAAGGAUCGUGUUCGAGGUGUACAACGAUAACAGGGAACCCCAGAACGGCGUCAAAGGCGUCUAUUUCCGCGUCCUCAGCAACGGUAAAGAUGUGACCAAGCAGAUAGCUUUCUGCAAAGAUCUGGUGAAGGUUACGAGCAAAAUAAACCUAUGCAAAAUAGAAGACAUAAUCCGCUUCAUACACGACGACUACUUCGUCCAUUUCAACGUAACUAAUUUCAAGGAUGCCUGCUUCGCCAAGAACGUGUAGCCACAAAGAUUUUGACUAGACUGUGAUUAUCUGUAUUUAUUUAUUUAUGUAUUUAUUUAUGUACUUAUUUAUUAUUCAAUUGACGAAUUUGCGUGUUUCAGUGUGUACGUGUGAUGUAAGUUAAAGACAUAUCAUUAAAGUUAAUUUAAAAUUUCGCUCAACCUCAAUA